AUGGCUUCUCGGCUUGUGACAGCCUUGACUCUGGGUCUUCAUUUUUUCCAAGCAGCAUUUGCUCAAACCUACGAUGAGCUCUACCGCCCUCAGUAUCACUUUACCCCCCCUGUGAACUGGAUGAAUGAUCCCAACGGACUUUUAUAUCACAAUGGCCUCUAUCAUCUGUACUAUCAAUACAACCCAGGAGGGAACACCUGGGGAGCUAUGUCUUGGGGCCAUGCCACUAGCACUGAUCUGACUCACUGGAAUCACCAGCCUAUUGCCCUCCUCGCUCGUGGCUACCCAGGUGAUAUCACUGAGAUGUUCUUCUCUGGUUCUGCUGUCGCCGAUACUCAGAACACGAGUGGAUUUGGUACUAGUGGAAAGGUGCCAUUUGUUGCGAUGUAUACUUCUUAUUACCCUGCAUCCCAGAACCUCCCCAGUGGGAAGUUAGUCAACGGGGGCCAGCAAGCGCAGUCAAUUGCCUACAGUUUGGACGAAGGCAUGACAUGGACAACCUACGACGCCGCCAAUCCUGUCAUUCUCAAUCCCCCUACGCCAUAUACAGACCAAUGGCGGGACUUCCGAGAUCCAUUCCUGUUCUGGCACGAAGCCAGCCAGAAGUGGAUCUCUGUGGUUUCACUGGCCCAACUCCACAAAUUACUUAUUUACACCUCCCCGAAUCUUAAGGAUUGGACUUAUGCAAGCGAAUUUGGACCUUGGAAUGCAGUCGGGGGUGUUUGGGAGUGUCCUAGCCUCUUUCCACUUGCUGUUGACGGAGAUGACGCCAAUACAAAAUGGAUUAUGCAAAUCGGGCUGAACCCUGGCGGGCCCCCUGGAGUGACUGGCUCAGGAACGCAGUAUAUUGUGGGAACCUUUGAUGGAACAAAAUUUGUUGCGGAUCCCAACUCUCCACUUUCGGCACAUACAUCCACCAGUACCACUACCUCAGCAUCCGUCACUACCUCAGCAUCCAUCACUACCUCAGCAUCCAUCACUACCUCAGCAUCCAUCACUACCUCAGCAUCCAUCACUACCUCAGCAUCCAUCACUACCUCAGCAUCCAUCACUACCUCAGCAUCCAUCACUACCUCAGCAUCCAUCACUACCUCAGCAUCCAUCACUACCUCAGCAUCCAUCACUACCUCAGCAUCCAUCACUACCUCAGCAUCCAUCACUACCUCAGCAUCCAUCACUCCCACAACCACAAAAGCAACUGCGACUGCUACUGCAACUGGAGACAUCAUCUUUCAGGAUUUUGAAGGCGCCGGUGACUUCGCCUCUCGUGGCUGGGUUGCCACCGGGGGUUUGCUUGGGGCUGCUCCAGCUAAAGGGACUCUUGCGGGACAGCAAACCGUCACUGGAUACGCUGGAAGUCAGCUGGUCAAUACCUUCCUAAGCGGAGACUCUACAACUGGCACGCUCACAUCCCCGGCUUUCACUAUAUCACUUCCAUAUGUCAAUUUCCUAAUUGGCGGCGGGAAUGCUCCAGGGACGGAAUGCAUCAACCUGAAGGUGCAAGGCCAAGUUGUCCGGACGGCGACAGGCGCGAACGUGGAACAACUCGCACCAACAACCUGGAAUGUCACGGACCUGAUGGGUCAAACCGCCGUGCUUGAGAUCGUGGAUCAGCAAACAGGUGGCUGGGGACAUAUAUUGAUUGAUCAGAUUACCUUAACAGGUAAUCCAGCUGGAGACAUAGUCUUUCAAGAUUUUGAAGGCGCCGGUAACUUCGCCUCUCGUGGCUGGGUUGCCACCGGGGGUUUGCUUGGGGCUGCUCCAGCUAAAGGGACUCUUGCGGGACAGCAAACCGUCACUGGAUAUGCUGGAAGUCAGCUGGUCAAUACCUUCCUAAGCGGAGACUCUACAACUGGCACUCUCACAUCCCCGGCUUUCACUAUAUCACUUCCAUAUGUCAAUUUCCUAAUUGGCGGCGGGAAUGCUCCAGGGACGGAAUGCAUCAACCUGAAGGUGCAAGGCCAGGCUGUCCGGACGGCGACAGGCGCGAACGUGGAACAACUCGCACCAACAACCUGGAAUGUCACGGACCUGAUGGGUCAAACCGCUGUGCUUGAGAUCGUGGAUCAGCAAACAGGUGGCUGGGGACACAUAUUGAUUGAUCAGAUUACCUUCACCGGCAGUACCAGCACCAACAACCUCCACAAACGCAGCGUUUCUAGCGUUACUUGGGAUUUCAAUGGUACUAGCACUUUUGCAGACUAUGGCUGGACUCCGUCUGGAGAUUUUGUUGGAAAAGGGCCAGCCCAGGGCACACUUGCGGGACAACAGGUUGUGACUGGGAAUAUGGGAAACUUCGUCAACACAUUUUUGAGCGGAGAUGGUACCACUGGAACACUCACGUCCCCCGCCUUCACCAUAACUCAGAAGAAGAUUAACUUUCUCAUCGGUGGAGGCAAUUCUCCGGGCAUGGAAUGCAUCAAUCUCAAGAUCCAAGGCCAGGUUGUACGAACGGCUACAGGCGCUAAUGCAGAACAACUCGUACCAACCACCUGGGAUGUCACCGACCUGAUAGGCCAGUCUGCGGUCAUCGAGAUUGUUGAUCUCAGUACGACCGGCUGGGGGCACAUUCUGAUCGAUGAGAUUUCCUUCUCAAACAUAUCAAUUGUGCCAUAUGGGCCCAACUGGUUGGACUAUGGGCCGGACUUCUACGCUGCAACAACAUUCAAUGGAUUAUCAUCCACAAAUCGAAUCGAUAUUGCGUGGAUGAACAAUUGGCAAUACGCUAGCGCAAUCCCUACUUCUCCAUGGCGCAGCAUGCUUUCAGUUGCCCGGAAGCUUUCACUCAAGACGAUCGACGACAGGCCAAGACUGAUCCAGCAACCUGAGGCAAACUGGACGAGUCUACAGACAACAACGUAUUCUACCAGCUUUGAUACAGUUGCUGAAGGGAAUCAGCUCGUACAACUCUCCGGAAAAUUGCUUGACAUCACAGUGGCCUUUUCAGACAGAGUUGCAGCGUCGUCCUCAUCGCAAUUCGGCAUAAUUCUCAGAGCAACCUCUGACCUAGCACAGCAAACACGGAUUGGCUAUGAUUUUAGCACAAAGAGGCUUUUUGUUGAUCGAACGAAAUCUGGAAAUGUUGGCUUCGACGGGACUUUUCCCAGCACCUAUUUUGCUCCUUUGGCACCCUCCGGUGAUGGCCGAGUCACAAUGCGCAUUCUUCUUGACAGGUCCUCCGUUGAAGUCUUUGGAGGCCAGGGCGAGGUCACAAUAUCCGCUCAAAUCUUUCCGCAGGACAAUGGUGUUGAUGUCCGGCUUUUCUCCGGAGGCGGGAGUACAAAUGCUAUCACGAUUGAUGCAAUUGUGCUUGAUUCAGUUUAUGAUUCAUCCACCCCAAGUGCUUCUCUCAGUACGAGCUCAACCUCCAUCGGUACUGUCACCACCACCUUCAGUAACACCGUGACUACCUCUGUCGGUAACACCCUGACCACCAGUACAAGAACCGUCACUAGCGCUAGCCCUACGUCUACAGCGCCCUAUGAUUUUCGUCCUGUUUUUCAUUUUGUGCCAGAAGAGAACUGGAUGAAUGAGCCUAACGGACUGAUCAAAAUCGACUCUACCUGGCACCUUUUCUUUCAACACAACCCAACUGGAAACUUUUGGGGCAACUUAAGUUGGGGUCAUGCUACUAGCAUUGACCUUGUGUCCUGGGAUUAUAAACCGGUUGCGAUUUCAAGCGCAGAUGGGAUUCAGGCUUUCACAGGAACCUCAUACUUUGAUGCGAUGAAUCUCUCGGGGCUUGGGACAUCAUCAAACCAGCCGUACCUUGCCUUUUAUACUGGCUACGCACCUUCAAGUGGCAUACAGGAUCAAAGGCUUGCGUAUAGCUUGGACCAGGGAGCGACAUGGAUGAAAUACCAGGGUAAUCCAAUUAUAUCCCAAAGCCAAGAAGCGCCACACGACAUAACCCAGGGUUUGGAGAUACGUGAUCCAAAGGUGUUCUACCACAGUCCGACGAGCAGAUGGGUUAUGAUCCUGGCGCACGGAGGACAAAACAAACUAACAUUCUGGACGUCUACCGAUGCAAAGAACUGGACCUGGAGAAGUAAUUUCGCUGCAAGCAAUAUUCUUGGAUUCCCUAGUGGGGUCAACGGUUGGGAAGUGCCAGACUUUUUCGAACUUCGGAUUCAAGGUACUACGCAAUAUAAAUGGGUGUUGAUUGUGACCCCCGCCGCUGGAUCGCCUGCUGGUGGUAAUGGGGUCUUUGCACUCACCGGAUCUUUCGACGGCGAGGUAUUUACAGCAGACGCGGUUGACCCUACCACUCUAUGGCUCGAUUAUGGUCGCGAUUGGGAUGGGGUAAUGAGUUGGGAAAACGUGCCUGCUUCGGACGGGCGCAGGGUUCUUGCUGCAGUAAUGAACAGUUAUGGUGGCAACCCCCCAACUAAUACGUGGAAGGGAAUGCUUUCAUUCCCUCGUACUCUGGAACUCAAGCAACUUAAUGGCAAACUCCGAUUCCUCCAAUUGCCCGUGAGCGAACUAGACGCGGUCGGUGCUUCAGUUGCGACUAUCACGAAUCAGACUCUUGCACCUGGACAAACAUUGCUCUCUAACAUCCAUUCCCGGUCAUUGGACAUCCUUAUUACGUUUGUUCCAGCCCAGGGCUCUACACUGUCUCUCUCCGUUCGGAAGGGAGGGUCUCAACAAACCGUGAUUGAAUAUGUCCAGUCCAACAACCAACUUUCGGUCGAUCGCAAUGAAAGUGGAAACACCUCAUACGAUCCUGCAGCUGGCGGUGUCCACAGCGCCGCUCUCCACGCUGAUGAGAAUGGGAAGGUGCAAUUGCGAGUAUUGGUUGAUGAAUGCUCCAUUGAGGUCUAUGGCGGGCAAGGGGAGGCGGUGAUCUCUGAUUUGAUAUUCCCCGAUUUUUCCUCGGAUGGCCUGGCUUUGUCCACUAGUCAAGGGAACGUGGUAUUGGAAUCAGUCGACGUGCGGUCGAUUUUGCUCUGA